UCGUGAAUGUAGAGAAUUCAUGUUUUCAACAAGGUUUGACUGUAUUUGAUGAAACCAUGUUCAAGCCAUGUUUGCUGCGAUUGAGAAACUCGUGGAUUUCAAGGAUGCGAAAUGGUAUACGUAUCCUGUAUUGCAAUCUAAACCCAUGACAAAGAUUCGUCAGGCGUGACGGAAGGGAUUUUGAUGUUGGGGGAGGGAAACAAUUUCUUUUGCGUGGCGAAUACGUUGCUUCAUAUGUUUCAAUCAUUUUAUGUAGAAAUCCGGCCAUAAAUGUACACCAGGACGAACUCGGUUCAGUGGACAAUUUUGGUAAGCAAAGAUGAAUGGAUUCGAGAAGCCUCACGUUGUGGCAGUACCAUUUCCAGCACUAGGUCACUUCAUCCCUUUUCUCGACCUCGCAAAGCUCCUCGCUUCCAACGGCCUCGCCGUCAGUUAUGUCACAACACCUGCUAAUGUCUCGCGCCUGCAGGGUUACCUUGUUCAAGCUCUGAAUGACGGUCUUGAUAUUCGCCUGGUAGCCCUUCCCACGCCCCUCGUGGAAGGUUUACAAGGAUGCUAGAGUAAUGACCUCCUUCCGCCCGAAUCGAGGAGUCUUAUAUUCGAUCUGGCGAAAAAGCUUCAAAACCCUUUCGACAUUUGGAUGGAGCAGCAAUUCCACCAACAAACAGCAGCACCUCCUGUGUGUAUUGUCUACGAUACGUUUAUGGGAUGGGGUGUAGACACGGCCCAAAAAUAUAACAUUCCCAGUAUUCUAUUCAAUACCUGCGGAGCCUUUGCAAUAAGUCUGCUGCAUUCCAUUUCGUGUUCAAUACUUCAGAACACCUUGGAGAAAGACGGGGAGGACAGUCUUGUGCUGAGCUUCAAUAUGUCGCGUCCUGUCAGAUUGUUUAAACAUGAGGUAUCCCCUGCAUACUUUAAUCCAGACCUUUGCAGCUCCAUUCAGCGUUUUGUUCGUCACCAAGAGAUUGGCAAUUGCUCGGGAAUACUGAUUAAUACUUUCAAUGAGCUCGAGCCCUUAUAUGUCCAGCACUUGAAGACUUUGACUGGUAAACCAGUUUGGGCAAUAGGCCCUGUUCAUCCACAAAAUUUAUCUAGCGGAGCAGGAAAUGUUAACACGAGGGGGAAAAUGGCGGAUAUCGAUGAGCAAGAGCUGGUUUGCUGGCUGGCUUCGCAUAGCCCUCGCUCCGUAGUGUAUGUUUCAUUUGGAAGCUUUACGGCCUUAUCAGAAGAGCAAACGCAUGCCUUGGCCAGAGGUCUAGAAGCCAGCGAACAGUCAUUUGUUUGGACUAUUAAAGAACCCCUAAAGAUCGAAUCGGCAUCUUCAGAGUCAGAGACUGAUCGUAUUAGCACAUAUUUGCCAGAGGGUUUUCUGGAGCGAACAAAAGGGAGAGGGUUAAUCAUACGCGGUUGGGCGCCUCAACUUGUGAUUCUUUCUCAUCUCUCAGUGGGUGCCUUCAUAAGCCACUGCGGAUGGAACUCUGCGAUAGAAAGCAUUUCUCUUGGUGUUCCAAUACUCGCAUGGCCCAUGUUUGGAGAUCAGCACUUCAAUUCUAAGCUUUUUGCAGAAUUAGGCGUGGGAAUUCAGUUCUGCCAGAACAGAGAUGAGAUUCCGAAAGAGGAAAGUAUAAAGAAGGCUGUCACAAUGGCUCUGACUGGAGACAAACGAGAAGAGAUGAGAGAGAACGCAGAAAAAUUGAAGUCGAUGGCUACAAACGCUGUCAAACUGGAAGGAUCUUCUGCCACGGAUUUGAGAGCUUUUGUAAGUGAGAUGCAUAAGUUGAAUACCAGACCAAGCAAAGAAAAGGAGGAGACGGAAUCGAAUUUCUUGAGUUGAAUUAUUGAAUAAGGCUUUAUCCCUUUUAAAUCAUGCUUCUCUACCGCAGGCUGGUUUCAAUUCUUCGUUCUGUUGUCUAAUUUGUUUAGCCUAAUUUUAUCAAGCACUAUUUUUGAGUUUAUUAGCUUUCAAAACAAUGUUAAUGAGUCCCUGCCUUGCAGAGACUCUACUUUUAGCUAUGUGCUAACUUUCCCCUUGUAAACUGUAGAAAGCAAAAUAUCAAAUGGGAAUCCCAUGGUUUAUGAAAUCUAUGGUUUUCUGAA